GGGUUGCUGAAAGGUGGGGAGGGUCUGCUUUCAAUGUCAUCAGCCAUGUCACCAUCUAGUCAGCAUGUGUCGGAAGCACUUUUUACUCCGUCGUCCUUCAAAGAAAUUCGUGCAAGAAAUGUUCUAUUAGCAUAUAACGAAUUGAAUGGAGGCUUCUCCUUUUUCUAUGGUGUUCGUGAUGUUUUCUCUAUGAAAAACCUUUCUUCUGUUGUGUACAUUUAGUGAAUGGGGCUGGCUGUGAAGACUUCGUUGCUGGCGUGAGGAGCCGUUAUGGUGUUGAUCUGGUAGUGUGAUGGGGUUGGGGAGAGCAGGGCAGUAGAACGAAGUGAAGCACUCUGUUUAGGGUUUUGGUUUGUGGGUUCAUCUUCUGUCAUGCACUUGAGAGAGCAGAGGGUAGUGUAGGUUUUGGAUGGGGAAGGCGGGGGAGUAGAGAGAGGGAUAGCCUACGAGAUUUUGAUAUUGGGUAGGAUCAGGAAGGCACUAGUUUUUAUCACCAUGUUGCCGACAGUGAAUCGGGGCCGCGCCUCUAGCGGUGGCUACCGAAAUAAUUCUGUUCUACCUCAGUAUUUGCGACGAAUUGUUAAGUAUCAACAAAUGGACAUGGAGUACACCUUCUGGCAAAUGCGUCACCUUUGCACGUCACCGAAAGUUGUGUACCAACAAACAAAGUAUCACAAACAGACGAAAAAUCAAUGGGCACGAGAUGAUCCAGCUUUUACGGUUAUAUGCGGUAUUUUGUUGGCAGUGGCUGUUUCAUCAUUUUGUGCAGCGUAUGGGCACAGCGUAGCUCAAGCAAUCUUUACUGUCGCAUCUGUGGUUAUCCUGCAUUUUUUACUAGCUGGAAUUUCCUUAGCCACUAUCUGCUGGUUCCUAUCUAAUCAUUAUCUUCGGGAAGAGAUUGCUGCACAUACACAUGUAGUAGAACAACGCGUUGAAUGGUAUGGUACAGGGUCGUUGCCUAGAAUUGGUCAAAGUUUUCAGUUAUACGCAUUUGACGUUCAUUGCAAUUCCUAUUUUCCACUUUUUGUGAUCCUUUACGUUCUGCAGUACUUCUUGUCACCUCUUCUUCUUGCACAUGGAUUUGUGCCGACAUUAUUAUCGAAUAUGCUGUACUUUGUCGCGCUUUCCUACUACCACUAUCUCAACUUCCUUGGUUAUGAUGUGCUGCCCUUCCUGGAAAGAACAAUCUUUUUCUUGUACCCUAUUGGCAUACUGGUCAUCCUGUUUCCGCUCUCUCUUCUGGCGGGAUUUAAUCCCUGUAGAUUUGCCAUGAACUUGUACUUUGAAUGACUUUCCACUACUCUGUCACAGAUAUGCAAGUGUUGUUUGCGUCAGCGAAAGGUUUUUUUAAACUUUGCAUUGAUGACGAGCAUCAACAUGUGUUAUCAUUCUUCUGUGGGAGGUAUUACUAGCUGGCUUCUGGUGGACUCAAAUUCUUAGCUGUGCAAUCUGGCACAACAACACUGUUGCCUCCCACUAAUUAUCAUGUAAUACAAAUUGCACCUUGCGCAAAUCACUUGGUAUAUAUAUAUUGGACUUCAAAAUGCCUGAAUUCCGGAAGUGCCACCGAAGAAGAUACCAUGUUCUGAUGGCUAUUAGCUGAUGUUUUGAUAACAAGGCUGCUGUUCCGGAGCAUGUUCAGAACAUCCGGGUCAGCAGAAGCAAUCCUUGUUUGUUUCUGCAGACCCAAAAACGACCGCUGUCUUGGCCCAUCCUCUCUCUCGCUCGGGUCAAGACCCUGGGAAUGCCCUCAGGUCGUGGGCGCUCCUGGUCCCAGCGAUCCCCUUGUGCGAGCUCCCGUGGACAAGCGACCCCCGCCCACGGGGCUCGAGUGAGUGGACAAAGCCUUGUUCUUUUGUCUCUGGGCAAGCGGAAGCCAGCGUAUACCUUAUUCUUCGCGCCGUCCCUCUCUUCCUUCCCCCCCUCGGGAUUCACUGACCUUGCCAGAAAUUUGAUCAAGCUUUGGAUGAACGAUGGCUCAAAAUUAUUGUCUUUCUUGUGUAUGCCUUUGUACCCACACCGCACACUCUCAGCGAUACAUAGAGUAAGCCCUGAUGAAAUAGAAUUACUUUGCCAUAUAUUGAUAAGAAAAUAAGAGAGUGAUCGAGGAGCAGAAGAGCAAGUCCUAUACGUGGACUGACUCUUGAUUCUGCUGUAACAGCAAGGUGAACAGUAACUGGUUCCAGGUGAAACUAGUUCGAGAUAAAAGCUAACUUUGUUAACACCCUCUCUUAACUCGAGCUAGUCCGUCUUGCUGGCCGAGGUUCAUAAGUCUAUCCGAAGUAUGAAUGGAGAGAGUAUGCUUUCUAGUUAUGUGUCUAGAUUUGGUUUUCUAAAGCUCUAUUAGCAUUGUCCUUUCUAUCGAGUGUUUGUGAUGACGAUCUGCCGUUAUCGAGGUCGUGAGCUAGAUAGUCCUCUGCGGCGUUUCCCAGUGGGGUGUCUUGAUCGAGAGAUUUGCAGCCAAUUGUCGGUGGUGAGUGAUUUUCCCUCAAUGAUAUAUUAGGCUCAAGGUGACUGGAUUUGUUUCAAGAGUUUGAUAAUUCUUCUCUUGCAGUGGCAGUCGUUCUUGUUACGAUUCUGGUUGGUGGUAAUACUUUUACAUCAAAUUGUUGAUCGUUUAGGAGCAGCAGUUGGGGACAGACUUCUGCGAUCCAUUGAUGAACGUCGACCUUCAUCAGUGAAUCUGAAUCAAAUCUUCUUCCUCCUGUUCCUGAUUGUAUUGUGGAGCAAUUUCUCUGGCCGAAGUUGAAUUCUCCCGCUUAUCCGUCUCUGUUUGGCGAUUACGGAGGAUUAACAGAUUUUGGUAGUCAUUCGUCGCUGGAACGAUCGAAUGGCAGGCUCUUGAGAUGGUGCGGGUGGAUCGUCAUGGGUAUCUGAAAGCUGUUGCUGAUGCUGGUGCUAAAAGGGAGUCACUUACUGCUAGACUAGGGUUUGAGAUAGAACAUCUAGGUGUUCUGAUUGCUGAAGACCUGCCUAAACUGGAUUAUUGCAAUUCACUAGGCUCAGUGAGGUCUCCAUUUAAAAACGCCGUCUUGGCGUCUAGAUGUGAGAUUGUCCAAUGAUUGUUGGCCGCCAUAGAGAGCACUGUUCGAAUUGAAUUCCAUUUUGUAACAGGGACGAAAAUCUCAGAAUAGUCUAAACCUACUGCUUGUUGGUAUCCUUGGGCAACAAGCCUAGCUUUAAGCUUGGUGGGUUGUCUAGUUAAAUUUAAUUUGGUUUUGUAAACCUACUUGGCAGAGACGGGAUUGGCACCAUUAGGAAGAUCGCCCAACUCCCAGGUCCUGUUAUAAUAAUAUACUGAGAGUCAUUCCUCCUCCAUCGCUGAGCGCCAGCUUGGGUGCCGUUUAGCUUCGGCAUAGGAGAGUGGAUUUGCGA